AUGCACGUGGCUGAUGAAGCUAGUAUACAAGGAAUGUUUUCGACCUACCAUCAAACUAGAGCACGAUCCUCACUUAUCGAGUUAUAUGUUGAGUUCGAAGAAAUUGAAGAUAUUGAUUUUCCGGAACCCAAUAUAGACUGGAUGGGUUAUAAUACCGAAAGUGAUGAAGAGUUUGAAGUUCCUACUGUUAUCGUAGAUGGUGAAUUCGUCGUUGGAAUGGAGUUUAACUCUAGAGAAGCUGUGAUUGCAGCAGUUAAAGAGUAUACUAUUCAGAGGGGCGUCGAUUAUAGAGUGUAUGAAUCUGAACCGACAACAUUUUAUGCUAAAUGCGUACAUUAUGGAACAAGUUGUGAUUGGCUUAUCAGAGUUAGUCUUAUAAAAAGACAGUAUUGUUGGGUGAUAAGGAGGUAUAACGGUAGUCACACGUGUAUGAGAUCUACCAUCUCUCAAGAUCAUGCCAAACUGGACUCUGGUACAAUUGCAGAAGCGAUAAAAUCAUUGGUUGAAGCCGACCCAUCUCUGAAGGUGAAAUCUGUAAUUGCUGAAGUGCAGUCGAAGUUCAACUAUACAAUAAGUUAUCGCAAAGCAUGGUUGGCCAAGCAAAAAGCAGUUGAGAAAAUAUUUGGUGGGUGGGAAGCUUCUUAUGAAGCUUUGCCGACAUGGUUUGAAGCAAUGGUUGCAAAAGAACCAUCAGCAGCUUUGAGUACGAAACUGCAUAUGCUUAUCGAGGGGAUGAUAUCACAAGAUGGAAAUGGGAAUAUCGUGCCUCUUGCAUUUGCCAUAGUUGAGGGUGAGACCGCCGAUGCUUGGCACUUUUUUCUUAGCCAUCUACGAACGCAUGUAGUUAAUCGAGAUGGUGUUGGUCUUAUAUCUGAUCGGCACGAGUCCAUUAUCUCAGCUGUAGGUCGUAGUGAUGGAGCAUGGCAAUAUCCGAGGGCUAUUCACAUGUUUUGCAUCAGGCACAUAGCUUCUAACUUCUUGAGAAGGUUCAAAGCGCCAGGAAUGCAGAAGCUGAUUGUCAACAUAGGCUAUUCUAGAACAAUCCAUGAAUUCAACAUGCGUUACGAGAGAUAUUGUGAGCGGGGUGUGACUUACAAGCAGUGGCUCGACAAUAUUCCUCGGUCACAAUAUGCCUUGGCAUAUGAUGAGGGACAUCGUUGGGGACACAUGACCACUAACCUAGUGGAGUGCAUUAACGGAGUUUUGAAAGGAGCACGUAAUCUUCCUGUGACAGCCCUUGUCAAGGCAACUUUUUACAGACUUAAUGCCUUGUUCACAAGGAAGAGGGCCGAGGCCGAGGCUCGUAUAAGUGCAGGUCAUCUAUUCUCCGAGUAUGCAACUGAGAAAAUCCAGUCUAAUCAAACGGCAUCAGAAAAUAUCCAAGUUAAUUUAUUUGACAGGCAGAACGAAGUUUUUGAAGUACGGGAGAUGCCCAGCGGUUUAGAGUUUGCAGUAAAUCUGCGUCUAAGACAUUGCAAUUGUGGCGUUGUAGACUUUGUGGUGGUGAGGGUCACAGCCGAAGUAGAUGCCCGCAUCGUGGAGGAGCUAGUGCUAGUGGUUCGGCUCCGAAUGAGUAGUUGUCAACUUGGCUGA